AUGCUGAGCAAGGCGGAGCAGAGCCGCGUUGAGUAUCGUGGCGGCAAGGGUGAGCUGUUGGGCCUGGGCGAGAUCUACCUGAACGACCUGUCGGAUAUCUUCGUAUUCGAAGUGGCAAAUCAGAAGGCACGCAAGCUCAAGCUAAAGCUACGCGCGGAGCUGCGCAAGCCUUUCCAGAACACUCAGUGGGGCUUCCAGCUCGAGAACGAAAAUGUUAGCAUCAUGCAGCGCGAGCUUCAGCAGGAGAGGGACCGUGCCGUGGCCUCGGAUGAAUUUAACCACGUACCAUUUUCCGUGCUACGCUCGUCGUCCAAGGCUGCUCUGUGUGCCGAGAACGUUUACCUGUGUGAAGGCUACAACGAGCUCUUCAACCAUAUCGGGACACUGGACGAGAUCGUGCUGGGGCCCAGGGAGACUAGGAGGAUCAUGUUUUCCAUAUGUACUAACCUUACACCGCAGCACAAUGCGUCGGGGAGCUCCACGUACGUGGCGGCGGGGGAUUCGUCGGAGGAAGAGCGUGCUCAUCUUAGUGAAACAUCGUGCUUCGUGCUGUCAGGGCGACUGAUACUGCAGCCAUCAUUCGUUGACGGCAGUGUUACUAGUAGAUUGCCGAUUCCGGAGAUGCUGGUGCCACUGCAAGCUCAAGUGUGCCGCUCGCUGCUACGACUAGAUGUCAAGGAAUUGCAUUUCGAUGAUUGUGUGCCUGGCGGCUCGUUCGUCAAGGACUUUACGGUCUGGAACCGCUCGGAGAUCCCGUUACUGCUCAAGCUUGUGUCGCCAAUGACGCCGUGGAGUGAGAAUAACGAACUGCUAGUGUGUACGGACUACAACUCUGGAUACGUUAUUGGCGACAAAACGCUUCAAGCUGCUGCUUAUGGACAUGUGCGGAUUCGCGUCACGUAUCGCCCGACGGAUGUAAGUAUCGGAGAGCGCUUUUUCGAGAUUCAGGCACAAAACCUACAUGACUCCAGAAACAUGAAGGUUCUCAAGAUUCAUGCAGUUACGAACCAAGAGCAUCACAGGGAGGGUCUGUCGAUCAAGGAGCCCGAUGGUUCUUACCUUAGGAGUGGAAGUCGGCUUGAUUUUGGGGAUUGCUACACGGGAAUCGCAAGUUCAAAAGUGAUUUUGAUGCGAAAUAUGACAGAGGUGGCCUUACAUGUGGAGCUGACUAGCGACCGACCCAAGGAAGUCACGUUCGAACUCAAGCUGCAGCAGAAUCGAUCACGUGUUCCGAGAGCCCCACGUAGUGAAGAGCUUCUUUCUCCCACUAAUUCCAACGAUGGAUCGAGCUUAAAGGGAUCGAUGUCUCCUGACAGAGCGAAGACCUCGAUGUCCUUUUCAAACAUGGAUGCGUACGCACUUGACAGUGACGAGGAGGCCGAUGACAACGAGGGAGACUUCUACGAGGAGGAAUUUCAACAGACUAAACGAAACUCUUUCGAGGAGAACCCGAUGGGAGAUGGUGAGGAUUUAGAUGACGACUUUGAGUUUGAUCGAGAGCCCCGGGCACUGCCUGAAAGUCCUCUGGGAAGUCCAAAAUUGCGAGGACCAAGAGGGACUGGAGAUUUGCGAAAGAAAACUUAUCGGACGAAAGGGAAAAAGUCGUCUAAGGUUUCGUCUCGAGUGAGAGGCCUCGCUUACGAUAGUGGUGUGGACAGCCCGCGCUCUUCCCCUGAACGAAGUCUUCGUGUCGACACACGAAAGCGUCAGACAGCCCCUGUUGACGACAGCUCGGUGUCUAAUUUCCUCGUUGAAACCAUCGAUUUGCCACCUGGUGUCGAGCGAACCAUUUUAAUAUGGUACGCGCCGGUAUCCAGUAGCAACUUAGAAGGAUUGUACGGCGAAAACGCAGAUGCAGUCGAUCUCAAGGCUGCUCGUUUGACGAAGCAGACGUUUCGCAUAUCGUUCCGGUGCCUUUUAAUGCAUGGCGCGCGGCAACAAGCUCAGUCACGAGUGUAUGACCGCACGCUGGGCAAAUCUAUUCACGUUCGCGCCCGUACGUGCACCUCCAUGGUGACGGUAUCACCGUCAGUGUUGCACUUGGGAGAUUGCAACAUCGGAGAGCUGAAGAGCAGUUCAUGUAUGCUGACAAAUCAUUCUGAAUUACCGACGGUCGUAAAGCCGUUAGUCACAUCCAAAGUGAUUUCAACGGUGCCCAAUGACGACAUGAUGCUUGGUCCAAAGCAGUCCACCGAGCUCAAGAUCGAAAUUAUUCCGCGCAAGACGAAUCCCAACUACUCGCGACUCAUCUCCAUUAUCAACAUGAAGAACAAGAGCAACAUUCCGCAGAUUUGUGUCCGUUCGAGCAAUAUGGACGCACAUCACGUGAUCUACCAUUCGUUGUUUUACAAGCUGCUGACCCAGUCGAGAUCCGCCUUUCUGAAUUUUGAGCACGUGGCAAUCAAUUCGGUUGGAAUCCAGGUGUUCGAUUUGGAGAAUAUCACGAAUGCCCCGCUUCACUUGAACAUACAAAGCUCUGCACCGGCAAAAGUACGGCUGUAUUGCAUUAAACAUCCAUUCGGCGACGGUAGUGCUGGCAGUGGCACUCCAAGUAAUGCUUCGACGCAAAUAAGCCAGCCACCUACUGGGAGGCCUCUCCGCAGACGCAGAUCGUUUGGCAGUGUGUCGGAGCUAAUGGACGGGAAAACGGUCGUGAAAAGAGGCAAGUCGACAGCGCUUCGAGAGCUUUUGACGAAAAAACUGACGGCGAUUUCAACUGCCCAUCUAUCAACAGCUUCACCUGGUGCAAGUAGCAUAUCCAGGUCGGUUUCGUCUCUGCUGGAGCUUUUUGCGAAAUCUCGUUCCGAAUGCGAUGCACAUUGCCACAGCUCUCUUCCUUCAAAGGAAAAAGAGGAAGAAAUUGUAGCGAUGGUUCGUGAACGCACGAAGCGCCUACAAACUCUAUUCGCCGAGAAAAAGCUAGCUUUGCUGAGCUCCAACAAAGAACGCAACGUGCGCAUCCCUGCAAAAUCACGUCAACGUAUCGUCGCCGUUUUUAGUCCUGUUGCUUCAGAGACAGCAGCCCCCAAGGAUGUUGCGAAAUCACGAGUGGAAAAGCAUAAAAUCAUGCUUACUCUUCCACCUGGUGGAAACAAGAAAGCCGUCACAGAUGGAGGGAAGUUUGACCAGAGCAAACCCGUAUGGGCUACGUCAAAGCAUCCUUUUGAUACUCGCUCUUCUGUGAGGGAACUACUGCUUAAGAGUCGAGUAUGUCGUUCCAUCAUGAAUGUGAACCAGAAGAACAUCAAUUUCGGCCGCAUCACUACGUCUUCGAAGAGUUCGAAGCGACUAGUUGUCCAAAACAUGUCUGCUACCCCGCUUGUGUACAGCGUUGAGAAAACGGGCUCAAUCUCUUCGGGCUUCUUACAGAUCAAGGAAGGAGAAGUUGGCGUGGUGAAGGCAUUCGGCACGAAAGAAAUCUGCUUUCAAUUCCAACCAACCCUGGCUGGUCCCUUUGAAGAAAAGCUGAAGAUUAUCAACGUUCAAGAUCCAGAAAACUCGGUUUCGGUCACAAUCAAGGCGAAGGUAGUCAAGCGAGAAACGUUCAAGCUUCUACAAUCAGGCCAAACGAUCUCGUUUGGAAAGUGCCUUGUAGGGGAGAAGACAGAUGAGGUGAAGAUCGCUGUCCGAAACACUAGCCGCAAGAAGCGCGAAUACGUGAUCCAGUUGGAUCCAAGUUUCACGGUUCCUACGUUGCGACCAACGUUUUAUUUUUCAGUCGAUGAAACCCCAGCUACGGUUAUUACUCAAGCGCAGGAGAAAAAGUUGGACGAGGAGCUGGAGAAGUUGGAGCACAAGUUGCGAAUUGCGAUUACGAAAAAGAAGACGGACAAGAUUGUCAAACUGAACGCGAAGAUUUCUCAGGUCAAGGCGUUGUUAUCUGGCGAACAGCUUCCGAAAGAGCCCGGGACGCCUGCAGAUAGCGACGCUGAAUUGACAGGCAGGUCUGGAGGAAGCAGUGAGGUGGGGGAGUUUGAUCCGUAUGAUAGUGCCAACAGCGAUUCAGAGAUGUCUGAGUCAGAAUCCAGCUCGCAUUCACGACGGCGACGGUCAAGACAUUCCGACAAACCGGUCAUCGAUAUGAAAACCGGACUAGUGUCGUCCAGUACGAAUACUUUGCACUUUUCGCUUGGAGCUGAGGCAACUGGGCGAGUUGUGGCCUAUGCGAUUUUUAGCCCCCUGAGGUCCGGUGAUCUCUCACCACGGGGGGAGGACGGGGACAAGAGCGGAGCUCGCCAAAGCCAGAAAAUGAAAAAGCGACUCCUUCGUCGGGAUGCUACUCCUAUAGUAGGGGUUGGAAAAUUUCUCCUCUUUGAGCAGCAGAACAAGGACGUGGUCAAGGAGCUUCAGUACAAUGCAGAAAUCUUCUCACGGACGCCUGCUGGAGAGAACGCAUUUUGCCGCGCCGUCGGUCGAAAGCCUCCGUCUGUGCUUCCCCCGCACCCAAACACCAGCCAUCGUCGCAGUUUAACUAUCAACAUCCCUGAUUCUGGCAAGACAGCACGAAAGCUGAACUUGGAUAUUGCCCCUGAUCAGCUGGGUGUAUCCCCAACGAGCUCAAACCUGCUGGUGUCUGCGGAAGAAUCACCAGCAGAUACCCGUGGCUGGACAGUAACACUAUCGCUUGGAUCCCCUUCGUAUAAGGGCUCAGGGAUUGUGGAGGUGGUGUGGAAUGCAGCGGGAACGUUUAGAAAUGUGCUGGCUUUGACGUGCGAGGUUGUUCCUCAUGAUUUUCUGAUACCUGGUGAGAUGAUGACUGAGUCUGGACCCACAGAGAGUGCUGACUUGCGAACUAUGCUUCCUCUAAAGUUGAGUAUCCCCCCUGAUCGGACGGUAAAUUUGAACUUUAAGUGGUGUUUCACUAGUGAUGCGGGCUUUGCAUUGUCGACCUCUCUGGCGUCUUGUGUAAGCCGAUCGAUUUUGGAGAGCGUAUCUGAAGCGGCGGAACUACAUGCCGGUCAGAUCGAUUUUUUCUACCACCCAAGCAACUCGCCGCCGGGUGAGAAUAUCGAUGUGACGACGCGGACUCCGACCUCGUCCGUGGGUGUUGCAAUAGCUAAGGCUGUCCAGCGGUCACUGUGUUUCGAGAAGGACACGCUUGAUUUGGGUGAACAUCAGCAAGGUGAUGACGUGAGGGGUGAGGUUGUUAUUCACAAUAGAUCGCAUCAAGCUCUCCAGUUUCUUUUGCUAGCUGGGUCUCGUGAUCAAGGUAGUGCGAGCUCAUCGUCCGUGGUUUCUCCUUUGCUUGUUGGAGGCGAUAUGACGUUCGAAAACGCUACUGGGACCGUGGAAGCGGGGUCUUCUGUGAGAGCUACAUUUGUGUACAAAGGCAGUGUACCUGGACAACACACCGAGCAAAUUGUCUUGCGCAAUCUCAGUGGGGAUCGCCUCGACACGUCUGUGUUGGUAUUGUCGGUUCGCAUUACUCGGCCAGUGUAUGUUCGGGUUCCUGAAUUGGACCUUCAAUCGACGGGCCAGUUGGAAGUUCUCAAUCUUGGUCCUUGCUACGUUACGCCAGAAAUGCAAGACACAGCGGUGGACAGCCCCAAUGUCUCGCUUAGGUUCAGUAAAGUGCACAAGCUGACAUUACAGAGUCAAGUGGACGACUCUUUGGUUAUUUGCGCAUCGUCGAACCUGAAGACUCAGUGCUAUGUCUACGAAGACGCUCGCCUGCAUCGUGAAGCGACACAUGUUACGAUGAAAGGGAAGCAAUCCAUUGAUCUUUACGUGGCAAUACGCCCACGGUUGUCAUCGGAUGCAAUCAAGACAGGGUCGACACGUGAUCUCGUUGGUGGCAUUCGCGUUCAGCUGUUCGGGCUACAGACGACCCAGUCAUCAGAAGAGGAGAAGAGUGAGAUGUUGGCCGAGUUUACUGUCAAGUUUGUUGGAGUGGCCGGUGCCAGUAUUGCUCGAGUGACGCCGUCCUUGAUCGACUUUGGUGUGGAAUACAACAGCGAACGGACGCAAACAUGCCAAACGCACGAAGGGUACUUUGAAUUGAUUAACAUGAGCAAGGCGUUGCCGCUGGGAUACCGCCUCUUUGUGACAAGUGCUACGGAGGGCUACUCAGAUGACGAUGAUGCACUACACAUUUCACUGAAGCACGAAAAGGGUGAAAUUCCUGCCGGUGAGACUGGAGUUAUCGAGUUUCGUAUAGUGGCGUACACGAACGGGCUAUUUCGACGUCGUAUCAUGGUGGAAAAUAUCCACUACCCGGGAAAAGUUAGCUUCGUUGAUGUCGUGCUUUUUGUGGAUAAUGGUGCAUUGAAGUGCGAAAUUCCAGGUGCAAAUGCGGGAACUGAUAUAUCUACGUACGGCGGAACUCAAAAAUCGCAUUCACUGCAAACUCUUGACUUUGGUUUGAUUAACGUGAUUAAGCUUGAGGACGAGUUGGCGGACAGCCCGUCUUCUUCUGGAGGCGAAGGCGAGCCCACAACUCGUAAAUAUCGGAUAUAUGGAGACCACGGAAAUGGAUCUUUUUUUGAAGAGGAGCAUGGCCCGACAGUGAACACGGCGUCACAAUCAGACAAGCAACGUACUGGAAAGACCCUCGUGCUUACGAACACGACAGAUCGAGCCAUGGUGGUGCGCCCCUUGAGUACGCUUCCGUUGACUCAUCAACCGUCCAUUUUCUACGGCGAGUCAUUUUCACUGGAGGCCAAGAGUUCGUGCUCGCUAUCGUUCCGCUUUGCGGCCAUUGCUACGACUGUCCCAUUACCUAUUGAUACAAUCGAGAGUGGUAAGCUGUGCCCACUGCGGGGAAUGAUUGGAAUCCAGAGUUUUGACAGUGAAGAUGGAACGGAUGCCGAAGAAGCAUGCACGCUGAAAGUUGUAAACGUUUCGGGAUCUUACGGUGAACCGCGGUUUCAGAUCGCUGAAAAGUGCUUCUCCUUGGGAAAAAUUGGCUAUGGAAUCGGCUGGAAAUCAUCAACGUUUCAGAUUUGUGUGAGAAACGUAUCCGACGUGGCAGUAUCCUUUGCCAUCGCCAAUCUACCAGCUUGCAUCAAUGUGCUCAAUGUUUGCGACGGUAGCCGUAUACAGUUUUUCGCCGACAGCAUUUCUGGAUCGGGGCUUCAAGUUCCUUCACUUCGAAUGCUGGCGCUAAAUGUAGAAAAGAUCCUGAAGAGCAGCGAGGCUCUACAAGGGAGCGCGUGGAAAAUUCAGCCUAGGACAUCGUGUGUGCUCGAGAUGGAGCUCGUCCGGACGGCAGAGUUUUUGGCAGCAGGCUCGCACGAGUUUCCUCUGCGCUUUCUUAACCUGAGCAAUCCUCACAACCAUGACGAUGUGCUAGUUCGAACGCAGAUUAUUUCAAGUUACGCCGAACUGGCAGUAGACCCUGAAAGCUCAGAUCAUGGAGUGGAAGCGUCAGAGCUUAAGGACCAACACAUAGCUUUCCUCCCUCCGGUCACAGUGCCGACCGCACAGGAAGCGCCUCCGCACCGUGCAAGUUUCUGGUUUUCGCUUCGAAAUGUGUACGAUGAAGAGUUGAACGUGAAGCUCUCCUCACAGACGCACAAUCCUUAUGAGCGAACGUUUGAGCUGUUGUUCAUGUUGCGUUCUGCUAAUACGCCAUUGAGUUCGCUUGUCAUCGCACCUGGCGAGUCGGUAGAUAUUCGUGUCGUGUGUCACGUUCUUCCGUCUGCUCGCCUCCCGGCUGACACAUGGUCGACUGGGAGCAAUGGAGCUACAUCCGAAAUUCUGGACUUGGGGCUUGUUUGGCUUGACAUCAGUAUCGAGAAAAUGGAGGACGCUGCACAACGUGAAGAAAUUCACGUAAAGGGAAAGCUGUUACCAGGCAAAACAUUCGUGUUGUCAGCCUCCAGCCUUCACUUUUUUGCCACAGCGACAGAAAUCCCCGCAGAUAUUCCAGUGGAUCAACUACCGCCGUCAUUGAAAUCGAAAACUGGGGCCAGCAGAGAUUCAGCUCAAAACACGCUACCUGGAGCGUUGCAACAGACCACUGCCUCCGUUGUGCAUCAGCUGCGAAACGCAUCAGAAUAUUUCUGGGUGAGGAAUCCGUCAACCGAGGAAGUGUUAAAUUUCGUCAUCAGCCCAAUCUCGAUGUACCAGCCCGGGUUGUGUCUCGUUGAAGGCUCGACGGAGUCGGAUAUGCGCGCUAUGAGUGAAUGGAUCCAAGCUAUAGCAGUUCCUUCGUCGGGUACAAUUGCUCCUGGUGAGUCGGUGAAGGUCACUGUGCAUCUUGAGGAAACGUCAGCUCCAUCUUCAAACUCGACUUCGUUCCUUGAAGCUAGUGAUACCAGACCAGCGGGGAAAUUGGCAGCACUGCACAAGAUGCGCCACCACCCAAGCUGGCGAAGCAAUUCGUGGGAUGCCGAUGGACAAGAAACAACCGCAGAAGAGAGUGGGCAGAACCGCAUGUUCUUAACUGUGCGGGAUGCAGACUCCAGCCUGGACUCCGGCGUGUCAACCGAGGUUGAUGUUCUCUUAGUUUUGCAGCAGCAAAGCUCGACAGGUGAAGCUGCCAAACAAGGAGGUGUGGUUCUGGACAAAACGUUAAUUACUGCAGCCUUUGAGGCCCGCAACAAGCGACUUGCGCAGUCCAGGAAGCUGUACCCUGGGCCCACACUUGAAACCCACUUGGAGGACGAGUUGUUCGAGCAGACGGAAUCAUCUGGGCUGGACAACUUCGAAGAAUUUGACAUCUCCUCGAUCCGUUCAGGCUCUGUGGGACGCAAAAACCAUCUACCGGUCUUGGCAAUUCGUGGCUGUACGCCAGCAGAGUAUUCAUCGCUGGAAAACACGCGUUAUUUGAUCGAUGUGGGGCAGCAUACUGUUCGUAAUGGUGGAGAAGUGGAAUGGGAGAUUACGAUUGAAAGCUUAUACAGUGCCGCUAGUGCGGCAGAUCCAGGACUCGAUUCCGUCGAGUACCGUCUAAUGCUUGUCGACAAGAAUGCCCAGUCGUGGCUGCAACUAAGCCGUGAACGAGGCACACUGGAUCGAGCGCACAGCUACCAGAGUGUGGUGCUUUACUUUCUUCGGGGAGUCGUGGGAGUUUACUCGACCUUCAUGGUGCUGCAGAAUUUGGCUAACCCGUCCGACCUGAAGGUGAUACAUGUACGAUUGGAAGUCAUCGCGGACUUGAACUCGUUACGUGGAAUGUCAUCCGGGCUAGAUCCAGCGACGAAUUUGUUCCGCGUGCUUGUGUCGAAUCACGGCAGCCCCAAGCGUUCACGCCGCUCCAGUGUCGAGAUGCCUCCAGAAAUCCCUGCCGGUGGUGCUCAGCGAUUGAUGAUUGAUUUCAGCGAGGUGUACUACUACAAGCUGUACCAAAACCACUCGAUUGUGAUCGAGAACUCGUCUGGUUUGAGCCUCGACUUCAUUCUGUCGACGAAUGCAAGGCCACAAGAAGUCAGCUUUUCAAUCUCGCCGAUGUCUUUUAACGAGGUCACCACAGUCACAUUGGGAGCUCAUGCGAGCAUGCAAGUGUUCUUACAUUUCCGACCCCAGCCAAAGCAAAUGCUUCUUUCCUCUGCGUCUGCUGAGGUGAUGUCGGACGUCGAAGUGAAUGAACCCUGGGUGCGUGAAAUCGAAGUCUAUGUGAGCUGCCGACUGGUGAAAGACUUCAGGGAAACAGUCAUUAUCCGGGCUAUCUGCAGCCAGCCUCAGCUGAUGGUCAAUGUCGCUAAUGGAGAAACCAACGAGUCGCCUUUGCAGAGGGAAGCGUAUUUCUCAGCCCAGCCAACGUUCCUUGGCUUGGUGUUUCCUAUGCUGGAAUCAACACUCUCAAGCCCGGAGUUGUCGACAAUAGCUGCCGAUGAAACCCAGAAGUACUUGGUUGUACGCAACACGAAGAGUGAUUCGUAUGCGAGGCUUGCACUGAGGAAUGAUAGUAUGUUUUUCGGUCUGGCGCUGGAUGACAACAUGACUCAGCCAGGUGCUGCAACUGUUGACUUGCUUGACCAUGGGGUGUGCGCUGGUCGAAGAUCAACGCUACUAGUGACCAUCCAGCCCCAGAGUGUUGCAGUAUUCCGAGUGAAACCCGAUGUCGCGGCGCUGUGGAAACAUCAUCAGCUUUGGGAUCACAGCGUGAAGGAGCACGUCACACUGUACAAUAUCAAGCAGUUCGCAGAGCACUAUCAAGUGACGUUGUGCUUCACAUGCAGUAACGUCGCGAGCUUCUACAUCCCACCAAAUAUUAGUGAGAGCUACCCCAUCUCGGCACUCGAGGAUAUCGUUGCAAAGUUCCUUCAGAACUACGAGUACACGUGGAAGUGGUUGAUAUCGUACCACGAGAAGGCCUUGGUGUUAGCAAAGCACUCGGUCGGCCAGUCAUCCCCUGCUUCAAAGCUGGCGAAAAUUUUGAAUGACCUCGAGAAUGCGUUGGAUUUGGUGUCGCCUCUGAGCCCUCGGAAUCUCACUCACGCAGCCAUACAAACCUUCGACGAAGAGGAGAGUGUUCAAACAACAUCCAGUAGGGACGACCUUUACCAACUGGUGCAGUCAUAUCGAGCACUGUACUUCGACUUUUACUACAUCACCGAUGAACUGGUAUGGUACGGCGUGCGCGGAAAUGCAGUACGGCAUAGUCUGGCACUAGCCGACUUGGCCUAUGGCGUUGUGUUUAACCACGAAGUCUUCCGAUCAUUCGUGCGCGAUGCGAGGAGCGAUAGUGAGGCUGUGGCUUUCCCACGGUUGCUGCUUCCGUGGACCCGACAGCUUGGACACUUCUUGAGUUUCUUUCCCGAGAAUCAAGAGGCAACACAGCCACUUCGACAGGUCUAUGACCAGCUCCGGAAAUUUGAGGCAAACUAG